AUGGUUCGUAAAAACAGUGGAAGCUCGCUGUUUUCCACCCUCGUGGUGGUUCUGGUUCUGCUCGUCCAGAGCGACGCAGCUCGCCCUCGUCAGCUUGGGACGACGCCACCAACGGAGGAUCGCGUGGCGGCGGAUAUGGUGGUGGUGGGGAAGGAACAGGAAGCUAAGAGUGACUAUAGGGAGAUGAAGAACUUGCCACCUUUUCCCUUUCCCUUCCCGGACAUGCCAUUUACGCCACCGCUUCAGCUGCCGCCGUUGCCGUUUACGCCGCCCUUUGUAGUUCCAAACGGUCCUCCGUUUGCCGGGUUUCCUUUACCGCCUUUCCCAUUUCCUCCCGUCCCUUUCCUCUCGCCUCCUCCUCUCUAG